UGGGAUGAAUGAUUUCCAGGUCGAAGGAGUGUAAAAGAACUGCGAUGUUUAAAGCUAAUGUCCGGGGCAGAGUGCGUUAUCAUGGGUUGCAGACUAGCUUCCAUCUGCUAGCAUCGCUAUACGUAUAUAUAGGGCUCUUCCCACCACGGAAUUGCUCCUCUGACUUGAUCAUCUAAAUUCCAACACAUCUCUUCCAAGAACACUAUUUGUUACCUUUACAUCAGCUCGAUUGUCGCAGAUACCAAACUACUUAGAUCCGCUAUGUCGAAAAGCAUCCAAAACAUCGAAUUCAAGACAGUCGAUCACGUUGUCUUGCGGGGAUUUUUUUACAAAGCAGCGCAGACCGGACCGCGGCCAUGUAUAAUUAUGGCACCCGGAAUAGGAGGAUUGAAAGAACAAUUUCUCCCGGAUUUUGCCGAGCGCUUCCAGGAAGCAGGCUAUGGAGUUUUGCUCUAUGAUCACCGCAAUUUUGGAAGUAGCGAGGGAUCUCUUCGUGACGAGGUCGACCCGAACCAGCAAGCGCGCGACUACUCUGACGCCUUUGAUUUUGCUGCUUCUUUGCCAGACGUUGAUGAAUCUCGAAUCGUCUUCUGGGGCUCAAGUAUGUCUGGUGGUGUCGCUCUCUACGCUGCUGCCUUCGAUAAGCGUAUUCGUGCUGUUGUUGUCCAAGUUCCCUUCGCAUCGGGAGCCGCCCUAGAAGGACUCUUUGCGAAAAUUCUUCCAGGUGUCUACGAAGAUCGCCGUAGCAUCAAAGCUGGUGCUGCACCUGGGCUCACGCAGAUCUUCGCUCAGAAUUCUAAGGACGCGAAGGAUCCAAAUUGUACGUCUCUGACUGCUGAUCCAGCUCUCAUUCCAUUUAUCGAAGAGCUCGAGAACCGGAAGAUUCGCUGGGAAGGGGCAAUCACCACACAAUCGAUCCAACAUCUGGCUAGUUUCGAGCCAGUGAGUGUUGUUCAUAGAAUCUCGCCCACUCCUUUGCUUGUUGUCGCUGCCGAUAAGGAUCACACUGCUGCCACGGCUCAACAACUCAAGCUUUAUGCAGCUGCACUUGAACCGAAGGAGCUCGUCUUGCUACAAAACACAGAUCAUUUUAUGCCGUACGUUGGUGCUACUUUCAAGAAGAACAUCAAGGCUCAACUGGACUUCUUGGCAAAAGUUUUACGCGACGAUGAAGUAGAGCUAUGAAGUUGGUUUACGAGUACGUGCAGGAAGGCUUCGGCAUCUCGAAUUUCAAGCUCUUAGAUCUCAAAUUACUCAAGAUAUACUUGUUUAAACUUCCAUCUUUUGCUAUAUUACUUUCGAAAUAUUUCAUAGCACUUUUGUAAAUAUAAACUAUAUCAAUCAAAUUAAAAUCUUUUUUGAUUACAAUAUUUAAUAUAUUUAUUAUUUGUGUUUUUGUAUUUGUAAUAUUAUCACCAAGU